CAGUAAAUUGAGCGACGACAAAGAGCUCCACGGGCUGGUGGUUCUUCCGCUCAAAACCAUGGCAACUGCACGCCUGCCCUUUCUGUACCCAAACUUCCUGCGCGCCGUGCGUGCGUGCGAGCCGACCACCUACCACUCAAUUCGUGCCCCUCCGCCAGCUGCGGCAAAACCUCGUCGCAAAGCCAAACUGCACACCUCUGCACGCCGCCAGCAAGAUACCUUUCCCCAGAGAUACGGCCCCGCUGCGUCCCAGAACCUCCCGCCUCCGUCAAAACCUUCGGAACCGGCGAGUUCUCAGCAAGAGGUCAAGGAAAAGGAAAAGGGGACGGAAGAGUCAAAAGAGGGCAAAGAAUCAUCUCAAUCGGGCUCCGUGAAAGAUGUCCCCACCGCAGAAGAAGUUGGACAAGAUGAGCCCCAAGCAUCAAAUGCCACGUCAGACUAUAUCGACGAAGCAUCAAUGAGCACGAAGAACCAUAAAAUCAACGUCGAAGAGGACAAGCCUUUAGACAACAAAGAACUUGACCUAAUCCUCGCGAUACCCUCGCCGUCCGAAGUCAAGGGCAAAGACGCGCCCAAACAUCCCCAUCUCGAACCAUCUCCGUACGAGCAUCAUUUCGACACUUAUUCGCUGGUCCAACAGUUGGCGGCGAAGGACAAGGACGCCUACACCGUCGACCAGGCCAUCACGCUGAUGAAGGCCAUCCGGCUCAUGCUCUCGCUGAAUCUCGACGUCGCCAAGGAGGGCCUCGUCUCAAAGUCCGACAUUGAGAACGAAUCGUACCUGUUCCGUGCAGCCUGCUCCGAGUUGAAGACCACCCUGCAGAGCACACGGCAUUCGGAGACCCUCAAGCAACGCAGCCAACGAGCGCAGCUGCAGCACGAGUACGACAUCUUGAAUCAGAAGGUGACGCAGGAUCUCAUGACGCUCAAGGAGGAGUUGAAGGGGCUCUUCAACGACCGCAAGUUGGGCCUGCAGGAAGACAAGCGAAAGAUCGAUAGUAAAAUCUCGGAACUCAACUAUGAAAUCACAGUGCUUCUGAACAGCGAAGCCAGGAGCGAGGUGGAGGGUCUGCGGUGGGUGUUGACCCGUCGUGCGGCGUUGGCGAUUGGUUUCUGUGCUUUCAUGAUCAUUUCGGCCCUGAAUUACUCCUCGAUCAAGACGCGCGAGAGAGAGGAAGCCGAGAAGAAACGCAAGGCCGCGGAGAAGGCGCAAGAGGACCGCGAGCAGCAGUUUCAACGCGAGCAGGCCAAAUACCCCGGCUUGAGUCGGACACAAGGGACGCAGACCGAGGGGAUGGCCAUUGCCACUGAGAGCCUUGGUUGAAGCACCUUUAUGGACUGGGGUCCCUGGUACAUGAUAUAUUAAAAACGAGGCUGGGGGUAGGGCUUUUCGCCAAAUGUGAUAUGAUACCAUAUAGACUUGCGUUCUCGAUGGGAGGAUUGAUGAGUGGAUCGAUGCCCCAGCCAAAAAUGCCCCGGUCCCGGAGCGCACAUCUACAUAUUAGAUACCUAGGUAUCUAGGUAGACUGGAAAAUAACCGAGCGACAUGGUCCUGAAUGGCAUCCUCGCACACCGCCUCAGAGUUGAUUGUAUUCGCAGUUCAGUCUGCUCGCUGCUCAGUGAGACAAAACUGGUAUUGCAGAAUUCCCACACAAUCCUUCGGCUCACACGAGUCGUCUUCCAGCUUGAUUUGUUUCUUCGUUUAUCCAAAGUUGUAGCCUCUUAU